AUGUCGCUCUCUAGACCAACUAACUCUGGAACUUCUUUGUCCAAGUUAAAAUUUACUCUUCCUAAAGCCUACGGGUAUCUUACGAUUGUGCAAGCGGGUUCAGCAAUUGUAUUUACAAGCUUUCUAGUAACUCAUUUAAGUGCAACUGCUUUAGCCAAUAUUGGAGGAAUUGAACUUACUAAUAAAGCAAUCAUUUUGGGAAGAGUUUAUUAUCAAAAUAAAUUUUUAGAACCAAUAGUUGUAGUUGCAGCACUUUGGAGUCAUAUAGUUUCAUCGGCGGCCAAACGAGGAAUUAGAUUAUACUGGAAAUCCAAGAAACAAGAUGAACGUAAAUUAACUGGUGAAGUUCAUGAAAAAGUUGAAAAGAUUGUUACAGAUGAGAAAAAUGAACAAGGAGUAGUUAUGCGUCAAAAAAUUACUACUAAAAUCACCACCACCAUUACCGAAUCUUAUGUUUCAAGAGCAAUGAAUAGCUUAUUUCCUUAUCAUCACGCAGUAGGAUAUCUUUUGAUUCCAUUUGCCCUUUUUCAUUCAACAAUUUCUCGUGUUCUUCCAAGAAAACAUUUUGGAGAUUCGUCUUUGAUCAAUGCUACUUAUGUAACCCUUGCACUUCGUAAAUGGCCAAAAACAUCAUAUUUUAUUUUUUCAGCAUUGAUUGGAUUGACUGCAUACCAUGUCACUAGUGGAUUACCGUCUGUUGUGAAAGUUAUCAAAGGAGCAAUUUUUAAAAGUUCGACAGCUGAUAAAUCUCUACCACCAAUAUCAAAAAAUAUACAAAAAUAUAUUAGAACUGGAGCAAUUGUUUCAACAAUUGGACUAUUAGGAACCGGAUUACUUGUAAUUGGUGGAAAAAUAGGAAGGGAUCCUAGAAUUCCAUUACGUUCUGAAUAUUUGAAAGUUUAUGGUCUUGUAUAUCCACAGAGCUGGGUUAGAUAUUAA